AGUCACUAUAAAAGUGGAAAACCGCUGCACGCAGUUCGUCAGUCCGUUCGACACUCGGUGAAAAGUGGUGAUUGUGUGUAGUGAAAAUUCCUGUCGUUUCUUUCCCUUCAUUUUUUGUGUGACUCAUUAAGAUGUCCGUUGUGCCGAUGUUGUUCCGUGAUUGGUGGGAGGAUUUCGACACUCCACUCCGUUCGUCCCGGCUACUAGAUCAGCAUUUUGGCACCGGUUUGCGUGCGGAUGAUCUUUUCUCAUCCUUCCCGGCACGGACGCCCCUUUCGUCUCCUUCGCUGCUACGCGGUGGAUACUACCGACCGUGGCGUAAUACUGCCCUGACACGGCAAGAUUCUGGCUCGACGCUGAAUCUCGACAAGGAACGGUUCCAGAUCAUUCUGGAUGUGCAGCAAUUUACGCCGGAGGAAAUCACCGUCAAAACGUCGGACCGGUGUGUCGUGGUGGAGGGCAAACAUGAGGAGAAGCAGGACGAACAUGGUUUCGUGUCACGUCACUUCACACGCCGCUACAUGCUACCAAGUGGCCACGAUCCAAACGAUGUCGUGUCGACACUCUCCUCGGACGGUGUGCUUACCGUGACCGCACCGAAAAAGUCGCUCCCAGCACCGAACCCGGAACGUAGCGUCCCGAUCCAGCAAACGGGACAACCGGCCAAGGACAAACAGGAAGCCCAACCGAGCGUAGAAGGAACGAAAUAAAGCUGGGGAGAAUAAACCUAAGGACAUUAUCGAACACACAUACGCCUAUUACACACACCCUCAAACAGACGCAACAGAGUAUUAGAUUCGAUGUAUUUGCUGAAAGUAGGGCUCUAGAGCGCGGUUCAACCCAUUUGCUACUAAUUUCACUACGGAACUGAUCGUACAAUAAAAGGAAAUGCUAUUUUAUUCUUAUUA